AUGUCUGGAUAUAAUAAGAACCAGCAAUAUGUGUAUGAUGCCGAAGCCACAAGGUCGAAUCAGGUCCCGAGCUACUCGGGUGUUGCACAGCCUGCAUUCGCCUCGCAAUACACGGAUGCGCCCGCGCGUCUAACCCAUGAACCCUCAGGUGCAGAGAUGCCCUACAUACCCAGCUCAACAUACGAGUCACGCGGAACAGGCGACCUCCACCCCGAUCCAUCAUUUAUUGAUGCAAGAACUCGUCAUCCCGUCACUCAUGCAGCUACUGAUACGGAAAUCACCGAACUGGUCUCGCCUACGCAGGGCACCGCUGGAUCUUCCGUGUCCCUUCACCUAAGGACGAAUUACGAUCUCGCAGCCAGUCAAGAAACUUUUAUCCUCAUGUUUGGCUCCAAGAAGUGCAUCGCUGCACUGCAGAAGGUGGACUAUGACGACGAUUGGUACAACUACGUUCUCAACGUCGAGGUUCCUCCCUUUCCGCUGACCAACUCCUGGAACCCGACCAUGAUGUUGAAAUUUCAAAUAGAGGACAAAAUGGGCCACCUACGCUCUCAGACCGACGCGGGGAAAUUCACCUUCACUGACAUGUCGCCGAAUCUCGCAUAUCAGUCAUCCCCCGACUUCUCGAAAAAGCGCAAAUAUUCGAGUGAGUUUGGCGACCAUCAGGAUUAUCAGGAUGGUAAUACUGCGAAACGCGCGAAUGCACUUCGUUAUCAGGCCAAACCACGGUCAUCAUCUGGGGCCUACUCGAGCUCCCAGCUUUCCCCACUGCCAGCUCAUUCGUCACUGUCGAACGUGUAUGGCGGAUAUGAUCUCUCGAAGCAGGCAAAUUACGGAUCUCAGCUUUCUCAGAAAGGCCUCUACGCCGUACCCUCGGGUAUGAGCCUGUCCCAAGCCGACUACAAACUCCCACAAAUGUCACCAAGUCUGCACUCGUAUGGCUCUUAUAAUCCUCAUGCUCACCUCGGACGGAGCUCUGGCUCGCUAUCAGCAAACACAUCUGUAUCUUCCGUACUUCCAUCGCCGUCUGCGCUUGCAGCGCCAGUCUUGGUGCGAGCUACAACGCUUCCGCAGGCCGGUGGUCCCUCGACGGCGCAGCCAUUCAACCCGUACUCCAUGUACCAGACAAAGGCGGUCCUGAAGAUUGAUGGUGAUCUCGACAAGAUGAGCGAAGAUUGGUCUCAAGAAGAGUUGGACGCAAAGCGGCGACUCGUAGAAUUCAAAAGGUCGCAGCACGGAAGCACGAUAACUACGUCUUUUACUCCAGUCACCCCCGAAGCUCGGGCGGCUCGCAGUAUAUGCGUCAGCUGCAUCUGGUGGGAAGAGAAGGAUGAAUGUUUCAUCACCAGCGUUGACACGAUAUAUCUGCUCGAACAGUUGGUGAAUGUGCGGUUCACGGUCGAGGAAAAAAACCGAAUACGGCGCAAUCUGGAGGGCUUCCGCCCUCUGACAGUUUCAAAGGCGAAACCGGACAGUGAGGAUUUCUUCAAGGUCAUCAUGGGCUUCCCAAACCCGAAACCUCGCAACAUCGAGAAGGAUGUAAAGGUAUUUCCCUGGAAGAUUCUGACGCAUGCGCUAAAGAAGAUCAUCAGCAAAUAUUCUGCCAGUUACUCCUCCACGGCUGGGAUCGGAUCUCUUCCCAUCGCGUCAACAUCGAGCUACCUUCCAAGCGCGCUAUCGCAGGGCACACUGGACGCGCAUCGGAACACGUCCCCUCAAUCGGUGGCGGCAUCGACGGUAUCGAGUGCAUACAAUACGAACCUUGCAUCAUCGAGUUUGUCCCCUCAUCUGAAAAUGUCAGCAGGCCUCGAAGGAUCAGCAGGCCAUGGCAUGUCGGUGGUCCAGAGGACACCAUCAGGACAAGGUAUGACUCAGUGGGGACCUCCGACUCCCCAUAUGCCACAAUACCCUACUUCAUUAUCUCAGGGAGGUCGGGGUUCUUGGGACUAUGGUUAUCUCAACGCUUCCACAACCGCGGGCGUCUCGGCGGCUACGCACUCGAUGCAGAUCUCACGACCCGACGUUGGGACCGAGCUGGACCAAAUCGCAGCAGACAACACCUAUCAGCAAUACGGCGAGCGUACGACGAGGGUGUAG